ACCCCAUCCGAUUCUGACUUUUUCUCAUAAAGAUUCAUAUGCUGUACCGUGGGUUCUGACCUCUAAUGUCGUUAAUUACAAUUACAUGAUCAGUACCAUACAAAUGUGCUGCAUGCCUUGCAUCACAGUCAAAGAUAGGGUAGAAGAACUCGAGAGCUGAGAAGCCAUGGAACCAGGUGGUCUCAGAGGUAGCAAUAUCUCAGGAGGAAGAACCAAUUUUGUGUUUGUGUUUGUCUUCUUGAUUUUCCUUCCUUUCCUCGGCCUUCGUGGUAGUGCCGCCCCUCUCUACCAGAUUUGCUCCAACACAACCACUUACGCUCCUAACAGCACGUAUCAGGCCAACCUCAACCGCCUCCUCUCUUCUCUAUCUUCCAAUUCUACACCAUUCAACAAUGGUUUUUACAACACCCCCGUCGGUCGGAACCCCAAUACAGUAUACGGCCUCUUCCUCUGCAGAGGCGACGUCACCGAAGAUGCCUGCCGGAGUUGCGUCCAAACAGCCACCCAGGAAAUUCUUCAGCUAUGCCCCGACCGGAAAGUGGCAACUGUUUGGUACGACGAGUGUAUGUUACGCUAUUCGAACCAAUCUAUCUUUUCCACUAUAUCCGAUUCAAUUCUUGUCUACAUGUCCAACACACAGAAUAUCUCCAACCCAGAUCAAUUUAAUCAGCUUUUGGCCAAUAAGAUGGAUGAGAUUGCCACCCAGGCUGCCUCCGGUGGAUCGUCCAGGAAAUUUGCAACAGCGGAAGCAAAUUUUACGACAUUUCAACGGCUAUAUACUCUUGCUCAGUGCACUCCAGAUUUAUCAAACCAAGACUGCUACCGGUGCCUCCGAAACGUCAUCAACAACCUCCCGUCUUGCUGUAACUCAAAGCAAGGGGGUCGGGUUCUUGCAGACAGCUGCAACGUGAGGUACGAGAUUUAUCCUUUCUAUCAGCUCGCACCUGCUACUCCGGGUCCCGCUCCGUCGCCUAUCCCUCUUUCCCCUCCGAGUAACAGAACCGGCAUUUCAGAAAAUAGGAAUACAACAUCAGCUGGAACCAUUGUUGCUAUUGUUGUCCCAAUUGCCAUUGCAAUGUUACUUUUAUCAACUCUCUGCUAUUUCUCGCUGAUUAGGAAGAAGAAAAAGGAAACAGAUAAUGGUGGGAAUGAAAUUAAAGAUAUGCAGUCGCUCCAAUUUAAUUUGAGUGCAGUCAUUGCAGCCACAAACAACUUCUCUGAUGAUAAUAAGAUUGGUGAAGGAGGAUUCGGUUGUGUUUACAAGGGUAAACUUUCCAAUGGACAAGAUAUUGCUGUGAAAAGGCUCUCUAGAAGCUCUGGACAAGGUGCAGUAGAAUUUAAGAACGAGGUUGUAUUGGUUGCCAAGCUUCAACACAGGAAUCUUGUUAGGCUCUUGGGGUUUUGCUUAGAAGGCGAAGAGAAGAUACUCAUCUAUGAAUUUGUUCCCAACAAAAGCCUUGAUUACUUCCUAUUUGAUUCAGAUAAACGUGCAUGUUUGGAUUGGCCGACGCGUUACAAAAUCAUAGGAGGGAUUGCUCGAGGGCUUCUUUAUCUUCAUGAAGAUUCUCGGCUCAGGAUUAUUCAUCGUGACCUUAAAGCUAGCAAUAUCUUGUUAGAUAGUGAUAUGAACUCAAAAAUAUCUGAUUUUGGGAUGGCAAGAAUUUUUGGUGUGGACCAAAGUCAAGCAAAUACGAACAGAAUAGUAGGAACAUAUGGUUAUAUGCCCCCGGAGUAUGCAAUGCAUGGACACUUCUCAGUUAAGUCAGAUGUCUAUAGCUUUGGGGUUUUGCUUUUAGAAAUUGUAACAGGCAAAAAGAACAGUUCAUUCAACCAAUCAGAGUUUGGAGAGGAUCUUCUACAUUAUGCUUGGAGAAAUUGGAAUGAGGGAACAGCUUUGGAGUUGCUGGAUCCAAUUCUGACAGAACACUAUUCCAGAGAUGAAGUGAUGAGAUGCAUUCAUAUUGGAUUGUUGUGUGUUCAGGAGGAUGUGGCUGACAGACCUACCAUGGCAACAGUAGUUCUCAUGUUGAACAGUUAUUCUGUCACUCUUGAAUUACCUUUACGACCAGCAAGCUUUGGACACAGUAAAAUGGUGUCAAGCAUGGCUACAAGUGAAACUGAAAGACAGGCAACUGAUUCAGAUAAAUCUACAAGUCAAAACAUUGGUCUGUCAAUGAGGUGUCAAUUACUGAAUUAACUCCUAGGUAAUGUUAAUGCCACUGGAUCAAGGAUGGACAGGAAUUGUAUGCUAAGAAGUUGUCGAGUUGCAUAUAUGAGUUAUUAGCCGCGCUUUGAGGGGGAACAAGAAACCAAUUUGUGCUUAGAAGCAAUAAAGGAGAAGUGCUUAACUUAUAGCAGGAAGAAAAAAAGCAGAGGCCUUAUAACAUGAGAUGCUCUUUCUCUCUUCCUCUCCUUACUCAGUCUUUCUUUCAAUCAUCUCCUACCAAAAUAAAAAGAUUUUCCCAUUCCAUUUAGGGCCAUUGGACACAGCCUGCUGAUUUUGUGUAAAUCCAUCAAUAACUUGGUUUUCGACCGGGUUACCCCCAUUUACCUGCGGAAGUUUCUUGCAGAGGGAGAACCAAAUGAAAGACUUCUUCCUCGUCAUCUCGACCCGAAGGGUCAUCACAAUCUGGUACUGGUAGUAGAAACCAUUCAAGUAGCUAAGGGUAGUCUCUGGGCUCUGGCCAUCCAAUAAAGUCCAAGACACCAAUUACAUGUCUCAUUCUCAUGUUUUGAGAAACGCACAGGACCCGUUUCAAUGGUAAAGAACCAAUGGCGCAUCUCAAAAGAAAAGGCAAGGCAAAUUGAAAUUUUUUGGAGGGAUUCACUUCAACUUCCAUGGCAUUCUUGCAUGGUAUUACAAGGGUAGAAAGAACAAGAAGACUCCAUGAUAAGUCACAAGAGUAUGUUAUAAUGAUUUUGUGGAAAAAGGAAAACUUCCUGUUCUUAUUUCUUAGUGAGCGUCCAAACAAGCCGGUUCACACUAAGACUCGCGUUUUCGGGGAGUUCGGAUCUGCUCCUCACAGCACGUUUCAGCUGUGUAUUUGGGAAUAUUUUUCUAUGAAUAAAUAUUUUGAAGCACGGAAAUGUUCCAGAUGCAUGGCUAAACGUUCUGUAAAAUCAGUGUGAGCAAGUUCUACUAGGAACAUAUCUGAAAUUCAUCAAAACCCACCCAUGAAUUUAGAUAAACAACACCUGAUUGUCUACCAGGUUUAUGGUACCAGUUGACUGAUAAAAAUUUUUUGAGAUAUCA